UGAAGAUUAGUAGAACAUCACAGCAAGUGGUAGUACAAAAAUGGAGUCUUUCAUGUACUAUCACCCAAAAAGGAGCCUUCUCCUUUUCUACAUAAUCCUCCAUUUCUCCUAAUUUCCCAUACACAGAGAGAGAGAGAGAGAGACCAUGGUGCCAAUGAACAGCACAGCCAUGGGUGAUAUGAUGAACAGCACAUCCAUGGGUGAUAUGAUGAACAGAACAGCCACGGGUGAUAUGAAAAUGGACAAAACAAUGAUAACCCACAUGACAUUUUUCUGGGGAAUGAGCACAGAGAUCUUCUUCUCAGGCUGGCCAGGGCAAAGCUCUGGGAUGUAUGCGGUGGCCUUGGCUCUGGUGUUUGGGCUUUCAAUGCUUGUGGAGUGGCUCUCACACACCAGAUUCAUCAAGUCCACCACCAAUAAACUUGUGGCUGGCCUUCUCCAAACAGCUAUGUAUGGGCUAAGGGUUGGUCUGGCCUAUCUGGUGAUGCUUGCUGUCAUGUCCUUCAACGUUGGGGUGUUCCUCGUGGCCAUUGCUGGAUACACCACUGGGUUCUUUCUUUUUGGGAGUAGGGUUUUCAGGGAUUCAUCAGAUAUGUUGCCUUACGAGAAAGCCUCUGAUCUUCCUCCUUUGAAUUGCUGACCACUCCUUAAUUUGUCUCUGUUGUACAACCUUGUUUUCAUUUCUUUUGAUUUUGAUGCUUUUAUGGCAUCCAAUUAAAAUCCAAUAAUGCUAUGUUUAUAUUGUUUGUAAAAAUAAAAACAAAAUCCUUUUUCCU